GCCAGAGGAAGCGGCCAGAGGAAGACUUGGGGGUUUGGGGGGUGGGGGGAAAAGAAAAGUGAUUCAGUAAGAAACCCUGAUUAACCAGCUCCAUGAGCAGGCGAUUGGCGAGAUCGAGAAAGCCUGCCGUGGCCGGCCCGUUAUGAGGGACGCUCUGCGGGCGCCCACAGGGGCUGAGGUGUGAGACGUUUCAUCGCCCCCGAGUCCUCCUCCUGGCGCCCCCUACCCCGAACCCCACUCCCACCCACCCACCCACACCGCCCCGCGUCGCCAUGGGCGAUUCCCACCUGACCCGGACACCCAUCCCAGUGCCGACUUUCUUCAAGCAGGCGGAGGGCUCCUUCUCCCUCAAGAGGCGGGGAAGGCCGGGGUCCCACAGCCUGACCCCCCGGCCGCCGGUCAAGACCGCCCUGCCCGUCAGCCGCGUCUUCCCCCGGCGGCAGCAGGCGUGGAGCCACCCGCGUCCCCAGAGCGUCUCUGGGAAGGAGUCAGCCGCCCAGCGGCUCAGCAGCCGGGUCUACGACGAGAGCAAAGAGGACCUCUACUUCGAGCAGUGCUUCCAGAAGAUCAUCAAGCUCGGUCAUGGCUCCUUCGGGGAGGUGUUCAAGGUCAGGAGCAAGGAAGACGGGAAGCUGUACGCCGUCAAGCGCUCGAUGGAGCUCUUCCGCGGCGAGUCAGACCGCUCGCGCAAGCUGGAGGAGGCGCAGAAGCACGAGCGGCUGGGGGCCCACGCCAACCUGGUGGGCUUCGUGCGGGCCUGGGAGGAAGGGCGGCGCCUCUACAUCCAGACGGAGCUGUGCGACGCCAGCCUGCAGCAGUACGCCGAGGGGCGUUGCCCGCUGCCCGAGCGGCGGGUCUGGGCCUUCCUGGCCGACCUCGCCGCUGCCCUGAAGCAUCUCCACGACCGGGGCCUGGCGCACAUGGACGUCAAGCCGGCCAACGUCUUCGUGGCCGGGGGCCGCCUCUGCAAGCUGGGCGACUUCGGGCUCCUGCUCGAGCUGGACGGAGGAGACUUCAGCGACGCCCAGGAGGGGGACCCCAAGUACAUGGCGCCCGAACUGCUGGACGGGGUCUACAGCAAGGCGGCCGACGUCUUCAGUUUGGGAAUGACCAUCCUGGACAUCAGCUGUAACCUGGAGCUCCCUCGGAGCGGGGACGGUUGGCAGAAACUCCGUCAGGGUUACCUGCCCCAGGAGUUUGUUUCAGGCCUAUCUCCCGGUCUGCUCGAGGUGCUGAGGGCAAUGCUGCAGCCUGAUUUCCGACUACGGAUAUCAGUCGACAAGCUGUUGGCCCUGCCUGCUCUCCACCGAGUCCAACGCCAGAGACAGAUCGAACUGUUGGUUCAUGUUGGCUUAAACAGAGCUCUCUCCCUGUGCCGGUUCCUUCUUUCGCUGCUCUACUACCUGUGGCACGCCGUGAGCGGCCCGGUGAACAGGCUGCUGAGCCGGCGGGCACGCACGCCGCCAACCUCGCCGGUGCCCACCGCCUUCCAGGAGAGCGGGCUGUACAGCGACUGGGAGGACAGCAGCCUGGGCGAGGACGUCUUCCCGCUGGACCCCAGGACCAUCCCGCCUAAGGUCCUCUUCCCGCAUCAGCCCGAGGGGCCGGAUCCCGGGGAGCCCGCCUUCCUCGGCAACAGUGUUUUACUGUCGCCUGUGAACGUCUCAUCACGACCAUCGAUGGGAAGUACAUCAACCCCACGACAUGCGUCCACUGACGAAAAUCCAAGCCUCCGAAGGUCCUCCUCUCGGGGCAGCCCGAACCUGAGCCGUAUCAGUCCGGACUCUCCAUGUGGCCGCUUCUCGCCGGACCCCGCAGAUCGCCGCCCGCCUUCGCUCGAGGACGAUGGGCUGCCCCUCGCCCGGGGGGUCUUCGAACCCCGGAACCUGCUCAGCCUGUUCGACGAGUCGAUGGAGGGCGACUGAACCGUGGCCUGUUCAGUUGCUGUGUUGGGGGAGGGGGAGCGGUGGGUGCGGGGAAAGAGAUGUCCGGUC